GAAUAGAAGUGAUAAAUAAGGAUGGUGAUAUAGUGUUCAAAUGUGAUGUUUGCUCUGAGGAAUUUGAACUGCGUUUAACAUACAAUGAGCAUAUACUACAACACCGAGAGUACCCAUUUGUUUGCGCUAGAUGCGGCAAAUGGUGCAUCAACCAAUACCAGUUCUGCCUACAUAUUCUUAACCACGAAGGAAUGAAACUUUUCAAGUGUCAACACUGUGAGAAAGGAUUUGAUAAAAUGUGGAUGAAGAUUGAACAUGAGAAUAUAGAGCAUGGAGAAAACCAUGAGCUGCCUCCAAUGAAGGAGGGUGAAUACAAAGCGGAAAAAGUUAAGCCGUCGCGGAUAAGUGCAUUUUCACCAGGACAUGUUUUGUGUGACGUUUGCGGAAAAUCGUUUAAAUAUCCCAGGUAUAUGGUGGAACAUCGUAGGAAUAUGCAUGGUGAAAGAGACGUGCCUUGUCCAAAAUGUGACAUGAAAUUCACUACGCAGAUGACAUUGAAACAUCAUUUAUUGAAGCACGAAGAUGCUGCAGCUAAUUAUGCAUGCGAAAUCUGCGGCCUGACGUUUAAACGUAAACAAAAUCUCAAUGAACAUAAGAGAAGGCAUGCAACUCAUAAGUGUGGUGGAUGUGAUGAGGAAUUCCAACAUGCGAAGUAUCUCCUUCAACAUCUUACAGAGAAUGCCUCAUGUACAGAGAAACAUGAUAAAACUUACCCUAAAUGCGCAAUAUGUAAUAGGUUAUUCACGACAACUUCUACGUUACGUGUUCACUUGAAAAAGAUGCAUAAUUCAGGAGACUCUGAAGUGUUCACAUGCGAAGAAUGCGGGAAAGAAUUUAUGCUGAACUGUGAUUUGAGACGUCACUUACGCAAACAUGAGGACUUUAGAAAUAAAAAACAUCAGUGCCCAACUUGCGAUAAAUGCUUCUUUACAAGUAUUAAUCUUUCAGAGCACAUGAAUAUUCACACUGGUGCGAAACCGCAUCACUGCGAUCAAUGUGAUGCUAAGUUCACUGGUUCAAGUGCUUUGUACAAACAUGUCAAUAAAGUCCAUAAAGGGAUUGGAAAUCAAGAGGCUGAAAAAGACCAAGAGGAAGAAAAAUUCAUAUGUGAAGUCUGUGUUAUAGAGUUCAAAAAGGUCAAACAUUUAUUGGUACAUUUAUCAAACAAUAAGAUGUGUAAGUUCUCAUAUAAGAAAACAUUUCCCGAAUGUCCAGUUUGUGAAAAACUCUGCUUUAAGGCUCAUCUUCUAGAUUUACACAUUAGGACUCAACACACUCCUGCUGACGCACCUUUUGCUUGCAAAUUAUGCGACAAAAAAUUUGUCGUCGAAAAAGAUUAUCUUCGGCAUGUGCAACAUCAUCAGUCAAUCGCCAAUAGGGAUUUCCAAUGCGGUAAAUGUGGAAAGUCAUUUGGGAGUUUAAGUGGACUUAUAAUUCAUGAAAAGAAAGCAACUAAACUGUGCAAACCUCCAAAAGUGCUUAGUCUAUAUUAGACAAGUGUAUGAGUUUAUAUUAACCAGUCAGUAUAUGAAUAGUAUGUAUAAUGUAAUACUGUAUGUAAUAAGUAAUGAAUAUAGGGAAAUUGUGUACUUUGAAUUUAUGCAAUAUGUAAAGUGUAUUAUGCGUAUAUUUAAAACAUAAUUGUUGUGAUUCCUAUUGUUUUUUACUGUACCAUAGAAGCCUAAGUAACAGCCCAAAGCCAUGAGUUCAUCAUCAGUAUAGGAAUAUUUUGCUAAUUGCGUCUUCUUGGAAUUUUUAAAACCAGCUAAAUGCAUCUGCUUGAGAACAGACUAUUUGCAUCUACUUUAGAUUUCAAAAAUAGGCUAAUUGCAUCCAUUUGAGAUUUUGAAAACAGGCUAAAUUCAUCCACUUGAAAACAGGCUAAUUACAUCAGCCUGGUAUUUCUAAAAUAGGCCAAUCGCAUCUUCUGGCUAAGGCUUAUUGGAAACGCUUGGAAUUUUGAAAAUAGGCUAAAAUUUGCAUCUACCUGAAAACAUGCAUGCAUUGAAUUAAAUAUGAGAAAAAUCCUAAAAGUUAUUUCUGGCUUUGGGCAGAAUUGUGAAAAUUGUGUCUUUUAUAAACUCAUUGAAAAAUUCCAGGGGUAAACUCUGAACUACAUAGAUUUUAUAGGUGGAGGCGAAUUUGAAUUCUAUAAGUGUGAUUAAUCGGAAGGA